UUCAGGUGAUGAAGAAACCUGUGGUACAGAAAUGGGAUUGUAACUCAAAACAGAUAAACGUUUUCAUGUUAGCCCUUUUAAAAAAGUUUUUUUUUUUGUAUUUAGACACUAAUAACAAUGAGGUUGUCAUCACAAAUGAUUGACCAUCCUCCUGUGUGUGUGUGAGUGUGGACUCUGGCCCACAGGAGCAUCUGUUGUAUUCCAGCGCUCACUCAUACCGCACACUCCAUUAAUCCCCUGGAGAAGGCAGCGUGUGUCAGCGUUGCUGGUACCACAUUAAGGUGAUGUGUUUAAUCAUCAGUUCAAACACGGAACUGCCCCCUUCACCUCUCUGCAUGCAGCACUCUGCCUCAAGCCUGACAGUAACUAAACAGCCCGCUUGUGGUCCAGUGAGGAGGGGACGACUGUAUUUGUCAGGUCAGACUGUGGAGCUGAGACUUUUAGGGGGUCAGAUGAAUGUCUACUGGUAGAUUUAGGAUUUGAUAAGAAAGUUAACUGUGGUCGUCUGUUGUGAACUAGAGAAGAUGUCUAAUUCCACCAUCAACUUCUACGCCCUGACUCAGUCCUUCAGCUCCUCUGACAUUAUCGUCAUAGCCACGUACUUUCUCCUGAACCUCGCAGUGGGCAUCUGGGUGAGAAGCAGAACUUUUUGUUUGUUUUUUGGGGGAGUUUUUGUGGUUCUGAAGUACAUUUUUCUCUGUCAGUCUUCAUGCAGGGUGAGCAGGAACACACUGAGUGGCUAUUUCUUGGCCGGGCGGGACAUGGCCUGGUGGCCGAUUGGAUCAUCCCUCUUUGCCAGCUCAGAGGGCUCUGGUCUGUUCAUCGGCCUGGCCGGGACUGGAGCUGCAGGCGGCAUCGCUGUUGCUGGUUUUGAAUGGAAUGCCACAUACGUGCUCCUGGCUCUGGCUUGGAUUUUUGUACCUGUCUACAUCUCCUCAGGGAUUGUGACCAUGCCAGAGUACCUGGGGCGCCGUUUUGGAGGCGAGAGGAUCCGGACUUACCUGGCUGUCCUUUCUCUGCUGCUGUCUGUCUUCACAAAGAUAUCGACUGACCUGUAUUCAGGAGCGCUGUUUGUCCAGGUGUGUCUGGGGUGGAACCUCUACCUGUCCACUGUCCUUAUGCUGGUGGUCACUGCUUUCUAUACUAUUGCAGGCGGUCUUGCUGCUGUCAUCUACACAGACACUCUGCAAACAUUCAUCAUGAUCGUUGGUGCAAUCAUCCUGACAAUUACAGCUUUCAAUAAGAUCGGUGGCUAUGGAAACCUGGAGCGAGUGUACAGCAUAGCGGUUCCAAAGAAGAUUAUCCCCAACAGUACCUGUCACCUGCCACGGGCCGACGCCAUGCACCUAUUCAGAGACGCCGUCACCGGAGACCUGCCGUGGCCUGGCAUGACUCUGGGUCUCACCAUAUUGGCCACCUGGUAUUGGUGCACUGACCAGGUCAUCGUACAACGCUCCCUAUCUGCCAAAAACAUGAGUCACGUAAAAGGAGCAUCGAUCUUCGCCGCCUAUCUGAAAUUGCUGCCCUUCAUCUUCAUCAUCCUCCCUGGCAUGAUCAGCAGAGCGCUCUAUCCAGACUCAGUUGGGUGUGUGGAUCCAGAAGAGUGUGUGCGUGUGUGUGGAGCGGAGGUGGGAUGCUCCAACAUCGCCUUUCCCAAGCUGGUCAUUGAACUUAUGCCAAGUGGCUUGAGGGGCCUAAUGAUAGCCGUCAUGAUGGCGGCUCUGAUGUCAUCCUUGACCUCCAUCUUCAACAGCAGCUCCACACUCUUUACCAUGGACAUCUGGAAGAAGCACCGCCCACGAGCUUCUGAGAAGGAGCUGCUAUUGGUCGGCAGGAUCGUGACUGUGAUCCUGGUGGUGGUCAGCGUGGUGUGGAUCCCCAUCCUGCAGUCGGCCAACAGCGGCCAACUCUACGUCUACAUCCAGUCAGUGACCAGCUACCUUGCCCCGCCUGUUACUGCUGUCUUUGCAUUGGCUAUUUUCUGGAAGAGAACCAAUGAGCAGGGUGCAUUCUGGGGCCUCAUGGUGGGUUUGGUGGUAGGUAUGUGUAGGAUGGUGUUGGAGUUCGCCUUCCCUCCUCCCAGAUGCGGCGUUGAAGAUUCAGCUCCGAUGAUUCUGCGCGGCAUCCACUACCUCCAUUUCGCCAUUCUGCUGUGUGGACUCACCGCAAUCGUGGUCGCUGUGAUAUCUCUGCUGACGCCGCCGCCCAGCCACGAGCAGGUGUGUAACCUGACAUGGUGGACAAUAACCGAAGAACCACAACAGGAUAUUUCAUUACAGAAAGUGUCCUCUGUCAGCCGCCGUAGUUCCCAGGGCGCGGAGCCAACACAUCAGAUGACAUGUGCACACGGAGCCAGCUCUUGCAUCUCAGCGAUGCGCUGCUCACAGCAGACUCCAGCUCCCAGAGUCCCCAGCUUGAGAGAGAGCGUGUUCUGGUCCAGGUUCUGCUCCAUCAAUGCAGUCCUGCUGGUCAGCAUCAACAUUUAUCUGUACGCAUACUUUGCCUGAGUGGAGGAUCUGACAGAACUUUUAAUCUUUUAAUCAGAGAUGUGAUAACUCUCUGCAUUCAAAAAGAUAUAUGGAGGGAGGCCAUGUUUGUGCCACGUCUUUCAUUUAAGUGAAAACUCCGACCUUUUUCAAAUGUUCACUGAAACCUUCAAUUCCAAGUAGAAAUUCUGCUUUGGAAACGGUUUGAUUUCUUAUUUUUGCUUUAUAAAUAGAAUAAAUCUACUAUUUAUUUGGUGGAUUACUAUUAAGAUAGACUUUAUUUAGGUCCCCCCCCCCCAGAAAAAUAGGAAAAUAAAGUUUCUUAAAUGAAAAUCCAAAUGCUUUUUGCUACAAUUAAUGUAAUAUAAUGAUUUUGUUAUGAUCGUUCUGCACUAUCCUGAAUUAUUUCUUCAAAAAGAGGGCAUUCAAAUUUUUGCCAAGAAACAUUUGAACAGGUCUAUAGGCAUGAAACAUUUAUAAAUUCUGUUGUAAAAGUGAUAUUACUUUAUUUAAACUGAGUUCUUAAUCUUUUUUACUUAUUUUAAAGGUCUUUUAUGAAAUAUUUCAGGGAUUUUUUGUUUCUGCAUCAGUCAUUUUUAUUCUUUCUACUUUAGUAAAUGUGAAUAUGCUAAAAAGUCCAGGCUCAAAGUGUAUUUUUGGAGACCAAAUAUCUGUGAUCUCCAGAAAAAACACUUUCUUUCUCACCCAAUGUACUAAAAGAGAAUCAGUACUUUUCACUGAGAAAUUAACUGUCUCAAAUUUGAUUCCUGAACAUAAUUUAAUACAUUCUCACGCUUUGCAUUUUUUCUCUUUUGUGAAUUCUCAAAUGAGGUGAAGAAUAAACUAAAAAAAUGUCCACAGAAUAUGUUAUAUUUGACAAUAAACAAACAAACAACUGUGUUUUUUUUUGUACUCUUUAAUUGCAUUUGCUACAGACAGAAAGAUAAGAUGACAAACAGAGGAUGUGAAACAGUGAUGUGAAUUACAGAGAUGGGAUUUAUUUAAAGGGUACAACAGUUUUUGUAUUGUCAGAAAUUAUCUAAAUGCACUAAAAAAGACAAACGUCUUUAACAGAAAUGGGAAAUAUAGGUAAAAAAAAAAAA